GUCAGUUCUCCAUGUCUGACGUUUGUAACAAACAACCCCCGUGAAUAUAUGUUCACAAUUGAUCUAUAUAUGAUCACUUUUAUAGUGCAAACAUGUCAUUCCUCUAUAGACAUAUUGCAUUGUAGGAGCGAGUCUAUGGGUCUGCCAUUGCUCUGGAUCCCUCGCGCUCGAGCUCGAGCUCAAACCGUUAGGUAGUCGCGCGAGUACGAGGUUUGCUGAACUGCUUAACCGCUGGCUUUAUCAUUCAACCUUCAGAAAUGUAUGCCUACGUUAAAUAUGUGGACGACGGUUGUAAAGAGAUUGUCCCGACAACGGACAUUAAAGACUUCGACAUGAAACUUUUCAGCAGUGACAAAAUUUACUGGGUGCGGUGGAAAGAGGCUUUUUACAAAGCCCAAAUAAUAUUCAUCAAAGAGACCAGAGAGGCAGUGGAGGACGAGCUGUCAAGUGGGAAACGAGUGAGGGUGCGGAAGGUCAAGGAGGCGAGCCCCGUAGCCCCGCCCUCCGAACGGCAGGAAGCCAAGGCCAAAAAUAUAAAUCACAGAAAAGCAGCAGAGGAGGCCAAAAAAACCAACCUUUUGGCCAUCUUAGACGACAUGAAAAAAAGGAAAAAACUUUCUCCAAUCUGCCCAACACCACAAAAAAAAAUGAAAAACUCUGCAAUGUUAUGCAGUGUGCCCUCUGAAGAGGAAGAGGAUGACGAUAAUGAGGAUGAUGAGGAUGAUGAAGAUGAUGAUGGUGGGGUUGUUCCUCAGAAAAUGUAUGAGGAGGUACAGCGAAAGUACCAUUACCAUGGUCUUUAUAGAGGACUUCGUCUUCAACUAGAAGAAACCAAAAAAAAAUUAGAGGAACAGCAGAGGCUCUACACAGAGGUCGAAGCGGAACAUAAAAUCAUCCGCAAACUAAACAUUGAGUUGCAGCAACAACUUUUGUGCACACUGAACUCGAGUCUGAGCUCAAAAUGCAAUGAUCCUGCUUGCUCAAGCCCAAGGGGGACCCCUGAAAUUGCAGAUUCUGGCAGUGGGAGUCCAGUGGAGCCAGCUGAAUCCACAAACAAAGAUGAGAUUGAUUUGGGAGGAGGCGUAUGGAUCCGGAAGGACGUCUGGGCCAGAGUCCAAACCAAUGGAAGAGACUCCCUAUUUGUGAAAGAGCUGGCAGUGGCAAUAUGGGGCACAAAGACCCUUGGCGACAAGAGCCUGACUGGGAAGACCUGUCCCACCACUAAAACGAACAGGCAGCCUCUGACCCCACAGAAGCUACAAACAUUGAAAGUCUGUUUCAGGGAGUGGCUCCAGUCCAAAAAUGUGGAUGACACUGAAAUACAGGCACGGUGUGGAAAGGCUGGACGCUACAUUACAGAAAAAAUAAUGGACAUUAACAAACAAAAAACUAAAACUACAACUCCAAACUGAACAAAUGUAAUCAUAUGCCUGGGAUGUUCUUGUUAUAUAGUUCAGUUCCUAAUGAUUCUCUGUUCCAAUUCUUUGCGUGUCCGUAUGGUGUGAAACACUGAGCUAAGUUAAUGUUAAUUGAAGUUAUCUACAUAGUCAUAGCGAUGUUAGCUUGAAAAACAUGGCGACGAUGAUCUCUUUUCUGGUUUUUUAAACAUUUUUGAGGUUCAUUUACACAGGCUACUUAACUGUUACAAGGUCCUUAUAAAAUGUUUUGUAGCAUAGCAUUUGGCUAAAUUGAGGUGACUGUUACAAGACUGAUUCCGCUAACCGAUUUUUUUUCUUAACGAUUCUCGAUUUCAGUUCUUACUG